AUAACGCUUCCUUCUUUAGUUUACAUAACAAUAAGGCGGCUACCGCUGUCCACUUUCACCGAGCGUCUUGCGAAGUAAGGAUCCGAGGGAUUUUAAGUGAUGAAAAUGUCUGCAAAAAAGGGCAUUGAGUUACUAAAGUCUGUCUUCGAAGAAGUGGCCAAAUCGAAAGGUUUCAGCAAUUGUUUGAGGAAUUUCAGGGUUACCGGUGGCGGGGACGGCAGUUGUGUUGCGGAAUUCACAGUAGCAGAGGAACAUUUAAAUCCAGCUGGUGGUUUACACGGCGGCUUGAUAGCAACGAUCAUUGAUAAUGUUAGUACAUAUGCACUUAUGACGAAGGAAAGGCCGACAGAGGCGACAGGUGCUACAGUCGAUUUACAUGUUAGUUACAUGAAAGCUGCCCGACUAGGUGACGAGGUAAUUGUAGACGCGAAAGCCAUUCGAGCUGGAAAAUUGUUAGCCUACCUUGAAUGCGAAUUACGUCAUAAAAAGGAUGGAUCACUGAUUGCGAAAGGUACACAAACAAAGUACGUUGGUGUUUAGGAUGCAGGAACCAGGAAGAAGUUGAUUCACCCAUCAAAUCAUAAAAAGUUUUUAUGCAGUUGAAUGGUAAAUCCAUCCAUGUUAUUUUUUGCUAAGUAUAUUUGGUAUUUCUUGUUGAUGGAAACGUAAUUCGGUGUCUAGUUUUUCAUAACAAUGAAGUGAAAAUGCAAGUCAAUAAUGUAUUUCA